AUGUUGUGCACACGUAGACUGCUAAGACAAUACUGCAAAAUCUUCGAUAACCCUCAAGACGCAAUUGCGGACAUUACCCCAGGCUCCUCAAUUGCAGUUGGAGGCUAUCGAUCCUGCGGAGUUCCUGAAAAUCUUCUAAGAUCAAUGAGAGAUUUAGGUUCAUAUGAUCUUGGCAUCUAUUCUAUGAGCAGCGGACAAAAGAAUUUUGGGCUUGAUCUCCUUCUUCAAGCCAGACAAAUAAAAAGGCUCACAACUACUUAUUUGGAGCAUGGUUCAUUAGCUUAUAAUGAAUGGAAAAGUGGCAGCAUUGAACUUGAUAUUUUACCAGAAGGGACUUUAGCUGACAAAAUAAGAGCUGGAGGUGCUGGGAUCCCAGGAUUUUAUACUAAAACCGGAGUAGGCACUGGAUUUGAGGAGGGUGGUUUUCCAAUAAAAUACAUGACUGGCGGCAAACGAGUUGAAAUUUUUUCAGGACCUAAAGAUAAAAGAAACUUCGAAGGAGAAGACCACUUGUUUGAAGAAUCAAUUAGGACACAGUUUUCUUUUAUUAAAGCUUGGAAAGCUGAUACUCAAGGAAAUUUAAUUUAUCAUAGGACUGCCAGAAAUUUCAACCCAGAAAUGGCUAUGUGUUCGAAAAUUACGAUAGCAGAAGUAGAAGAAAUAGUUGAAGUGGGGCAGCUUGACCCAGACCAUAUUAUUACUCCUUCCAUUUUUGUGCAUAGGCUAAUUAAAGGUGAAAAAUAUGAAAAACCAAUUGAAAAUUUAGUAGAAGAAGGUGCUGAAAAAUCAAUUGAUGACCCAGAUAAGCUGAAAAUAGGGCAAAGGGCUUUGAAAGAAAUAAAAGAAGGAAUGUACAUUCACUUAGGUAUUGGAAUUCCUAACAGCGUUGUCUUUAGGCUGAUUCCAGAUAAAACCAAGGUUAGGAUUAUAACUAUUCCAGGCGCUCUUGGGGUUGGUGGGCAUGCUUCUAAAGGCCAAGCAGACCCUGACUUAAUUAACGCUUUAAGAGAAACUAUCAGACUAAACCCAGGAUCCUCAGUCUUUUCAUCUUGUGAUUCUAUGAAUAUCAUGAGAGGUGGACACUUGGAUUUAAUUAUGAUGGGAGCUUAUGAAGUAUCACAAACCGGAGAUAUCGCUAACUGGGACCUAGAAGGUGACAACGAAAAAGGUAUAGGAGCUUCUAUGGAUCUUGUGUCUAGCAGAAAAUCCAGACUUAUUAUUCUUACUACUCAUACAAGAAAUGGAAGACCAAAGAUAGUAGAAGAGUGCACUCUUUCGUCAAUAACUGGCAAAGGAGUUGUUGACACACUUAUUACAGAACUGGGGGUUUUUGAAUUUAAGAGAGAAGGAGGAAUGACUUUGACAGAAAUUGCGAGAGGCGUCUCAGUCGAUUCAAUUCAAGCAAACACAGGGUGCAAAUUCAAUGUAGCCUCAGAUUUAAAGAAAAUGGAUUAA